CCUGUAUCUGAAGCUAACAAAGUAGGAAGUGGAGGAUCAAGAGGACUGUCGGCAGCGUCCACCGUUUUGCCAGGAACUAGCAUAAGUUUCUCGCCGGUGAUGGAGGAGCUUUCUGAGUUCGAAUCCUUCAAACCGUUGCCUGAUUUGGACGAAUUUACGGAAGAAAUUCGACAUUUGCUAUUAGGACAUUGUUCCACGAAUGAUCCUCAUGCCAGCCAGCAACUAAAGGAUGUUUACAUCCUCAUUCUAGCCAAUGGAAUAGAUGGUUCACGAUUUUUUGAAGAGAUGAAGAGGAUUUUAGUACCGUCACUGAAAGAACUUUCUUUCGAAAAUGAAGUGACGCUGCAUAUUUAUUUGUUUGGCCAUCAGCCUGUUCUUUGUGGGCACGAUUAUCGGCAGUUGAUAGUCAAUUUUACGAGGGAAUUGCUGAGAAAUGAAAUAGUCAUAACAAUGACCAUCUUCGGGAGGCCGGAAGUGCACGUGCAACCUCCCGACAUCAUCCUGCAGUCGGAUUUUGACGAAGCUGUGAGUCGAAUGCGCUCAGUGGACAAUCGAGAGACCAUUCACUGCUUGUAUUCAGUGGAUGCAAAUGCCGCAAAGACAUGCUACAGGCUACAGGCGCAACCUCGCGACUCCCAGAGUUGGGGCAAAAAGGCAGGCAUCAUCAUACAGAUCUUAGAGAAGGCAUUCAAUGAAGAUCAGAGAGAUUUGUAUCUCACAUCAGUGUUUGAAGAUAUUCUUCGCCUUUUCCACGGAGCCCGCGAUUCAGUUGUGGAAUCGAGGUCAUUUCUUAUCCACUUAGAGAAUUCAUCUAAUCAGGAAGAGAAAACAACCAGGGAGAGCGCGAGGGUGCAACAUCUUCUAGUCGAUUGGGAGAACAAAAUUCCCGAUGACUUUAAAUUCAGUUUCCUGGAUGGCGAAUCUUGGGAGGAGCUUUGGAAUGGCGACACUCCCACACAACAAGCCAAUGAGGCAGGCGCAUUUUCUAAUCUUGGCAGCAGACUGAAACAAAUGCUUAUCACCAUUUUCGAGAAUUAUGAUCAAGAACACACAUACUUUACAAGAGUGGCAGGAAAAGGUAUCAGUUGGCAGCUGCAAAAUGAACUGCUCCACCAGCAGACAGAGAUUCGCAGCCACCUGCAGACAUUUCGAGACCGACCCGAACUCUUGUCUUCCCUCAUGAAUUACAUCGCAGGAUCUCAGAAUCACCCUCUUAUCAUCCGUGGCCGACAAGGGCGUGGAAAAAGCGCCCUUUUAUCAGUGGCCAGCGUGCUGUGUGGUGCUGUCUUUCCUACAAUGCCUCUCCUAUUCCGUUCUGCUGCGGUUUCUCCAGAAUCUUUUACCCAAGAACAAAUCCUGCGAAGCAUUUGCGAGCAGUUCGCGACUUUAUAUGGUGAACACCCAUCUAUCGCUUCCAGGAGUAUCGCAGAGCACAACUCGUACUUCGCUAAUCUCUUAAAAAGAGCAUGCUCAGAGCGGCCUCUCACCAUCAUCUUGGAUGGGCUCGACCAAGUGGAGGAGUACAGCGGACGAUCUCUUAAGUGGUUUCCCGUCGUACUUCCCCAGCACGCCAAACUGAUACUGGCCCUCAGAGAUGGUAGUAAUGAACUACAGGACAUCCAAGAACGCCUACCUGAUGAUGGGUCCAAUUAUUUAGAAGUUCCCGAUUUAGACGUUGAAGAAACCCUGUAUAUACUUGAGCAUUUACUAGUUGUCAAAGGCCGCCGUUUGACAGAGUCUCAAUUAAGUUUUGCUCGGAUUUGCUUUACAGACAAUUCUUAUCCUCGCUAUGCACACAUAUUUGCCCAUAUAGCAAGCAAAUGGCAUACACUAGGAAUUCCGGAACGCUUUUGGAUAAAGCAUUCCGUUUAUGAGAUUUUCUGCGAUUAUAUUAAUGAAAUGGUCAAGACAAUGGAUAUUUCAGAAAUAAAUAAAUUUCUUGCCACAUUGGGAACGUUUAAGAAUGGUAUGACAGAAUCCGAAAUGUUUCAGAUAUUAUUACCUACUACUGAACAGUGUGAUACUAAUUACGAUUGUCCACUCGCAUUGAUUUACCUGAAAUAUCAUUUAAAUCCAAUUCUCAGAACGCUUUAUAGGAAAGGUCACAAAUUUGUACAUUACAAGUGCCAAUUAUUUCGUAAGCUUUGCAAAACUUAUUUGGGUAAAGAUUAUUUAGAAGUAUACUUGCAGGAAACAUUGGAAUAUAUCAACAGCAGUGACAACGACAAACUGGCAAAUAAUAAAAGAGUGAAGAAUGCCAUCAAAACGACGCAUAAGCAUCAAAGAUGGCGGGAAUUGGAAGAAGUAACUCAUCUACAAAUCAGGUUGAAUAUUUCUGUCCGCCGAAACUUUUUCAACCACAAUUGGCUCUACGAGCGCAUAUCUUGCGGUGAUGUUUAUUUGCUUCUGGAAGAGAUAAAAAUGUAUAAAAGACGCAAUCCUGACGACAGAGAAAUCGACAUUCUCAGAAAAUUCCUUCAGCUGUCUGCCUAUGCUCUUCGAACGGACGGCAGGCAACUUUAUACUCAAUUCUAUGGCAGAUCCAAAGGUUACUUCUCAGACCCUGAGAGCAAUAUCAAAUAUCCGAAAGUAAAGAAGCUGAUUCGAUCCAGCAUCACCCCUCCAGUGCCAAGUUUUCACACCUCAGGUCCGUGCAUGAGAACCCUUGUGGACGCCCAAAAACUGUUCCCUUCGCCUUCCAAAAACAAAGAUUCACUCGAAAGAAUGGCCUGGUUGCAUAAAAACAGUACAUAUUUAGUAACGUACUCCAGCAGUAAAGGUGAAAUAGCAGGCUGGAAUGCUAAUCAGACGAAGAAAUUGCUGUCUUUUAAAGAAGAAGAAUGUGUUGUGGGAUUAAAAACUUUAGGAAUUAACUCUGAAGUUCUAAUAUUGCACCAUAAUCAGAUGGAAGUUCUGGAUAUGACCAAAGGUUUGAUCAAGACGCGAAUGAAGGAACUGAUUGAUGUUUCUCAAGGCGUAAGUGUCCUAGAAGAUGGGAAAAGUAUCCUUGCUAUUUCAGAAGGUCAUGAUGAAAUAUUAAAAUUCGAUACUUGUUCUGGACAUGUGGCUAAUAGAAUAUUUCCGGGGGAAAAUAGGCAACUAGACUGCCUACUGGUGAGUGAGAAUGGAGAAGUAUGCGUCUCUGGGGAUGCUGUCCAGAAGCCCUACCCCCUCUUCGCUUGGAACAUAGAGAGUGGAGUGUUGCUGCGUCACUUCGCCGUCCCACACCACGAAUUCAUCGUCCGGCUGUCCACGCUCAGCGGUGAUGGUAGACUGCUCUUUGCCACUUCCAAGGAGUUGCUGGAUUCCUCUCCUAAUUUUCUGAUAGCCUACGAUACAACAACUGGGAGCAUGGUGUGGGAAAAAAGACCUUAUUCAAAUAUCACUGCCAUCACUUUAUGCUCCGAAUCGGAAAGAAUACUUGCAUCUACAGAGAGAGGGGCAGUUCACGCUUGGAAUAUACAAAAUGGACAGGAGUGGUUUGUAAUAUCUGUUCCCGCUUACAGAGUGGAUAGAAUUGAGACAGCAAUUAAUAAUACCUUUUUAACGUGGGAUUCAAUUUCUCAGGGUAGAUGUCUUCAACUAUGGGACACAAUCAAAGGCAGUAACAUCGCUACUUUCACUGCUGAUUACAACGUCCACGAAUGCCUUUUGUCGCAUGAUGGAAGCAGCAUUGCCCUGCUUCUGUGUCAUAAAGACCGACCUGCUCUGCUUUCUUUGAAAGGCACAGAUCGCGUGCAAGAAAAAAUUCAAGAAGAAUAAAAAUUCCUCAUCAACAGAAAAAAUAUUUUUGUAUGUUUUUAAUAUAGAGAAAAAUUAUGAAUUUUUUCUGAUAAAUAAUGUAAAAGGCAACGAGCUAUAGUUCCUU